AUGGGAGCGUUAUUCGCACGUAUAACAGGUCGUCCACGAUUGCAGUUCGCAAGGCUGAAAACUGUACUAAGAAACGUUUGUGAAAAAGAUGAGGCGGUUGGAAGUAUAUUGAAGUUGGAUAAGCAUGCGAGCGGUGAUGAUGAGAAAGAUUUCAUACUUAUGCAGAUUGCCGAACAGAUGUAUAAUUUCGUUCAAAUGAUAAUGCAGGACGAAAUCCUACAUAAUAUAUCUGAGUUGAGGUGCGCAUGUUAUUGUCUUGGAAAGCAACAUGCAGCUUACACAGUUCAAUCGUUUAAGGUAGUUUAUUGGGAUGAAUUCACACUGGCGAUGAUCGAAGAAUUAGAAAAUACGAAUCGUUUGUCAAAUGAAGACCUCAGAGCAUGGCAAACAUUGGUGCAUCUGAUUGUCGAAAAUAUGUUGCGUGGUUAUGAUCAUGCGAAAAAAACUCAGAUUGAACGAUGA